AUGGCCCCGCGUUCGGACGCGCCAAAGUACCCUCCUCCGUCCUCCUCGUCCCAAUCGCCGACCCAACAAGCGCCCACCCCGACCCACCACGAACCCCCUUGGUCGGGCUGGAUAGAAACUACAGGCGAUGCGCUCAUCAUACUCGAGGCCGCCAGACGCGGGCUCAUUCCCCGCGUCACCCGCCGUUUGGUCGACUCUGAGCGCAAGAUGAUCACAUCAGGAUCCGUAUUCGUGUUUGACGAGGAGGAAUCAGGCAUCCGUCGUUGGACAGACGGCCUCUUCUGGAGUGCAAGUCGGAUACUCGGCAACUUCCUGCUUUACCGCGAGACCGACAAGCGUGGCGCCGGCCACAAAUCUUCCCGCUCUGAUGCGGCGGCGGAAGAGCCCCCUGCAUCGGCAUCAGCAGCAUCGAAUGCGAGCGGCGAAGGCAGCUCUACAUCAAAAUCCAUCACCAACAACGGUGGCGACGUGCACUCCCUCAGCCGGCCCCGCGCAGAGACGUCACGGCUCGGGAUCGACAGGCAACGUGAACGCAGCCUGGUGGGAAGCCUCACCAAUGACGACAAGUUCAAGCCAGGAGGCAUGGUCAAGAAAACCUUCUCACUCACCAUCAACGGCGUCCCGCAGCAUCUGAUCUCGUAUUACAAGGUCGAAGACGUCGAGGCCGGACGCUUGCGGCCCCCUUCAUCCUAUCCGGAGCUUGCCGCGCUCGACAUCAGCGCGGAUUUCCUAGACAAGGUCAAUUUCCGCAAUCCGCCCAAGCUCGAGGUCGGAUGGGACGGGAAGCCGCGAUACCGUGGCGAGGCUGAUGAACUCGAAACAUCGCCGCACGCGCUCACGGCAGCCCUCAGUGGCAGCUCCGGCGCACUCCCUCUGCUCUCAGAGCCCACGGAUGUCGGAGCUACGCUGGGAAGGAGCGCCAAACGCUAUGAGCCCUACGGCUCGCCCGCGAAAGUAAAGCGGCGCAUCAAAACCUCUCGCUCCCAGCCCACAUCGCCCGCCUCAGAUGAGCCUGGCCCGUUCUCGCCUGCUCACUCCAGUUACGCGGUCGAGCAGAUGGGCUUCGGGGGCGGUCAUGCUCCCAGCGCGGUAACCACGCACCCUUAUCCGGGUCAAAUCUACACGAUGGCGCCGCAGUACACCUACCAGAACAUGGCUCCCUCGUUCUCGGCGGGUCACGCGGCUCAGACGCUGCCCCCCAUGCAGAUCCCUCCGACGUACCCUGCUUCGGCGCCGGCAUCUGCGCAUGAGUAUUCGGGUAUGCCCACGAGCGCUGGCGGAUCGUCGUUCACGCCACCUACGAACCAGCCGUACGAGGGUUCCGUGGGCGAUACGUCUCCGACACAUUCAGCUGGUUAUGCCCACUCGCCAACGGCGUUUUAUUCGCCGUACCAGCAACAGCAGCAAGCAUCGCGUCAGUCGGCGACGAUGGGUGGAGGCCAACAGUGGGCUCAGGAAGGGCUUCAACAGCCUCCUUCCUACGUUCAUUCGCAGACGUAUGCAAGUGGGCAGCCACAAGGAUCACACCCCCUGGCCUAUCAGGCGACGUCUGAGAAGUCGGAGCCGUCCGAGUACGACUCGAGCGGGUACAACGGGCUCGCGCCUCUCCUCGGCUGA